CCUUGCUGCCUUUGCCAUUCUUUCCUUCAAGGAUCUCUCUGAGCCUUGGGUGUUGUUGUUUUUAGCUGUAUAAUGGGCACAGCAGUAAUAUGAGAGUCGUCUCAACUAGAACAUGUAAAACAAGGAACAAAAACAUGUCACUAUUCACUUGUCACUCCCAAUUUGAGGCCAGCACAGGAGCUGGCAGGCCACAUCAUUGGAGCCUCAGAACCACCUGGGGAGAUGUAUUCUCCUCAUUUUAAGGACGAGACAAACUGAGGCUCAGAAGAAUUGCCCCAGGCCACAAAGCAGUGGUACCUGAUUGCACCCUACUUCUCCCAGGCCCACAGGGCAACCUCUUGCAGACAGGAGGAUUAGGAACAGAGUUCUUGCUGUUUCUGUAUGUAGCCUGGAAAGGCGCUGAGGGCUGAGAUAGCACUCCAGCCCCUAGCUUGGAGUGAAUACAUGCCCAGUGCCCUGGAAAAGUUGGGCCCAACACCCUAUUUCACAGAAGAGAAAGUCAAGUUCAAAGAGAUCUGAAGUUUUAAGAGUCAGAAAAGGCUGAGCCAGGCUUGUGUCGGUCAUGCUGGGGAGGGCCUGUUUGGUGACGCCUCUCAGCUCAGCUCUUUUCUCUUGUUCCUGCAGGUCUGCUGGGAACUGGCCCUGGUGAGGGCAGCAGGCCUGUUCUCCUGGUGAUUGUUGUGUGGUGGUGGUGGUGGCAGGAACCAGGACUAAGGGCAAGGUGGAGCGUGGAACCCCAGGCCCCAACAUGGCACCAUUCCUGCGCAUCGCCUUCAACUCCUAUGAGCUGGGCUCCCUGGAGGCCACGGAUGAGGCGAACCCGCCCUUCUGUGCUGUGAAGAUGAAGGAGGCACUCAGCACAGAGCGCGGGAAGACGCUGGUGCAGAAGAAGCCCACCAUGUACCCUGAGUGGAAGUCCACGUUCGACGCCCACAUCUAUGAGGGUCGCGUCAUCCAGAUCGUGCUGAUGCGGGCGGCCGAGGAGCCCAUGUCCGAGGUGACGGUGGGCGUGUCAGUGCUGGCUGAGCGCUGCAAGAAGAACAACGGCAAGGCUGAGUUCUGGCUGGACCUGCAACCCCAAGCCAAGGUGUUGAUGUCUGUGCAGUAUUUCCUGGAAGACGGAGAUUGCAAGCAGUCUCUGCGGGGUGAAGACGAGGCCAUGUUCCCAACGAUGAACCGCCGUGGAGCUAUUAAACAGGCCAAAAUCCACUACAUCAAGAACCACGAGUUUAUUGCCACCUUCUUUAGGCAGCCUACCUUCUGUUCUGUGUGCAAAGAAUUUGUUUGGGGUCUCAACAAGCAAGGCUACAAAUGCAGGCAAUGCAACGCUGCCAUCCACAAGAAAUGCAUCGACAAGAUCAUCGGCCGGUGCACUGGCACUGCUGCCAAUAGCCGGGACACCAUAUUCCAGAAAGAACGGUUCAACAUCGACAUGCCGCACCGGUUCAAGGUUUACAACUACAUGAGCCCCACCUUCUGUGACCACUGUGGCAGCCUGCUCUGGGGGCUGGUGAAGCAGGGAUUAAAGUGUGAAGACUGUAGCAUGAAUGUGCACCAUAAAUGCCAGAAGAAGGUUGCCAACCUCUGCGGCAUCAACCAGAAACUCUUGGCUGAGGCAUUGAACCAACUCACCCAGAAAUCCUCCCGGAAGUCAGAGACGGAGUCUGCAGAGCCUGUUGGGAUCUACCAGAAUUUUCAGAAGAAAUUAAUAGGAGUCUUUGGAGAUGAAACCCAAGCAGAUAGCGGGACCUACGGCAAGAUCUGGGAGGGCAGCACCAGGUGUUGCAUCGAUAACUUCAUCUUCCACAAGGUCCUGGGCAAAGGCAGCUUCGGGAAGGUGCUGCUUGCAGAGCUGAAGGGCAAAAAGGAGUUCUUCGCCGUCAAGGCCCUGAAGAAGGACGUGGUUCUGAUCGACGACGACGUCGAGUGCACCAUGGUGGAGAAGCGGGUGCUGGCCCUCGCCUGGGAGAACCCCUUCCUCACCCACCUCUUCUGCACCUUCCAGACCAAGGAUCACCUGUUCUUCGUGAUGGAGUUCCUCAACGGUGGGGACCUGAUGUACCACAUCCAGGACAAAGGCCGCUUCGAGCUGUACCGUGCCAUGUUUUAUGCUGCUGAGAUAGUCUGUGGACUGCAGUUUCUACACAGCAAAGGCAUCAUUUACAGGGAUCUCAAGCUGGACAACGUGAUGCUGGACAGGCACGGCCACAUCAAGAUCGCCGACUUUGGGAUGUGCAAAGAGAACGUAGUCGGGGAGAAGCAGGCCAGCACCUUCUGCGGUACCCCUGACUACAUCGCCCCUGAGAUCCUGCAGGGCCUGAAGUACUCCUUCUCUGUGGACUGGUGGUCCUUCGGAGUCCUCCUCUACGAGAUGCUCAUUGGUCAGUCCCCCUUCCAUGGGGACGACGAGGACGAGCUCUUCGAGUCUAUCCGCGUGGACACGCCGCAUUACCCCCGCUGGAUCACCAAGGAGUCCAAGGACAUCCUGGAAAAGCUGCUUGAAAGGGAUCCAUCCAGGAGGCUGGGAGUGAGUGGGAACAUCAGAGCCCACCCCUUCUUCAAGACCAUCAACUGGGUUCUGCUGGAGAAACGUCUGGUGGAGCCUCCCUUCAAGCCCAAAGUGAAGUCCCCUGGAGACUACAGCAACUUCGACCAGGAGUUCCUGAGUGAGAAGGCACGCCUCUCCUACAGCGACAAGAACCUCAUCGACUCCAUGGACCAAACAGCAUUCGCUGGCUUCUCCUUUGUGAAUCCCAAUUUCGAGAGGCUCUUGGAAAAUUGAGGUUCCCAGACAUGACCCCCCAACCCAUCCCAACCAAGGAACCUGAGUCAGUCAGCACGGCCUGCCCACCCAACCUGGGCAGAGCAGGCUUGGACCCCUACAUCAGCACCUGCCCGCCCCCCACGAUAAGCAACAGUGUGACUGUGGUGAUUUCUGCUGCUGCCGGCCCCCCUCACUCCCAAGAGGGGCCUUGGCUCCUAUCUGGCUGGGCUCUUAAUGGUACUUCUUCUGUGAACUGAGUGUGAAUUUGCUUUUCCUCUGCCCUCAGAGGGAAACUGUAAAUCCUGUGUUUCAUUACUUGAAUGUAGUAUCGAAAAAAUGUAUUAUAUAUAUAUGCAUAUAUAUGUAUACGCACACACAUA